AUGGAUCCUGAUGGAAUAGAGGUCUGGGUUUUGAAGAAGAAGACAUCGCAGUAUAGUCUUUCCAGCAUUAUACCUCGCACCGAAUGGGUCUUAACAUAUGCUUUGAACCCUGAAGACUUCUUGUUGCCGGUUUCAGACACCAAAAGCGUCAAACUGGGGGAGUUUUUCUGUCAGCAACCUCCUCCUCCUGGUUUUCCACAACGUCCUUUUAUGUCAGGUUUCCAUCCUCAAGAUUCACGGAUUGUCUAUCUUCGACUGGAUAUUGUGAUCUUCAGCUACAAUUUAGAGACUAAACUCCUAGACGUUGUUCAUUACCAUGGAACCAGUUAUCCAAGCUGUUUUUACGACUUAUUCCCUUAUGUCCAGCCUCUUUGGCCUCCUUAUUUACCUCAUUUACCAUUCCAAUCAUGUCCCAUUCAAUUUGGAUCAUCCGUGCAACCACCUGCAGAACCAGCAGGCAUCCCUUUCGUGGCUUUAAUUUGA